UUGUUGUAACAGACGAAGAAGUUGGCGUUGGCUUGCAAGAGGAAGAGCUACUCGAUCGAGCAAAGAACGUCAUCCAAAGAUAAUGGCUGGGUAUUCAGAACAGAAAUUGUUGGCAGUGAAUGGCGGUGACGGGGAUUACAGUUACAGCAGAAACUCUCUAUACCAGAGACAAGCCAUAAAUGUAGUGAAGGACAAGAUCAACGAGGGAAUAAUGGAGAAAUUUGACGUACAAAAGCUCUCCUCAUCCUCCAAUACAAUCCGUAUAGCAGACAUGGGAUGUGCCACCGGACCCAACACGUUCAUGGCAAUGCAAAACUUGGUAGAUGUCCUGAAACAAAAGUACAAGUCCCAAUUAUCUCCCACUGAUGACAAUCCUCAGUGCAUGGAACCUGAAUUCCAAGUAUUCUUCAAUGACUGUGCUUCAAAUGAUUUCAAUACCCUCUUUACUUCCCUCCCACAUGAAAAACCCUACUUUGCUGCCGGAGUCCCGGGAUCUUUCCACGGGCAGCUGUUCCCGGAAUCUUCCCUUCACCUUGCGUACUCCUCCAUUGCCCUUCACUGGCUGUCGGAGGUGCCAAAAGAGUUGGCUGACCCAAGCUCUAAGGCAUGGAACCGGGGUAGGGUUCACUACACAAGCGCGCCUUCUGAGGUAGUAGAGGCCUACAGGGCGCAAUUCACCGAGGAUCUUGGGAGGUUUCUGGAUGCAAGGGCAAAGGAGCUCGUCAGUGGGGGCAUGGUGGUAGUAAUAAUGCCUGGAAUCCCCGAAGGGAUGCCUCAUCAUCGACUUCCAGCAGGGAUCAUGGCUGAUCUCAUGGCCUCCAGCUUCUUGGACAUGGUGAAAGAUGAAUUGAUCACGGAACAUCAAGUGGACUCCUUCAAUUUGCCACUAUACACUCCCUCCCCGGAAGAGAUGACUGAGCUCAUCAACCAAAAUGGAUCAUUCGAAAUCGAGAUUAUUGAACUCAUUAAUCCAUCGCCAUUGAAGAAUGGUCCCAUCAAUAUCCCCAAAUGGGUGAAACACGUGAGGGCUGCAAUGGAAGGCAUGCUCACGCCCCACUUUGGCACAGGGAUUAUCGAUGAGUUCUUUAGCAGGCUGAUUCAGAAGCUACUGGAUGCCUCUGAGGAGCUGGAGUCGAGCCACCGUGAUAAGAUUCAGCUUUUCGUUGUUCUGAAACGCAAAUAGUCACCGAUACACGGGCCGUCGUGUAAUAAUGGCAAUUUAAGAAUAGAUGGAAGUGAAACUACCUGUGAUUUUACUGAAGGGUUAAAAGGUGGAUUUGGCUGAGUUAAUCUCUCUCGUUUCAGAAGGACAAACACAGUCCAUGUUCUAUGCUUAAUGUUGAUGUAAAGCUUGGUUUAUUUUCA